UGUAUGCUUGUAGUCUUCUAGUUGGAAUUGUAUUAUCCAUUCAACGAUAAAAUUAAUAAUUCAAAAUUUUGAAAUGGUUUGGAAUUUGUGUUUGAAUUAUGUGAAAUUUAAAAAUAAAAAGAAAAUGUCGCAAAUCACAUAGAAUAUAUAUUUCAAACGAAAAUUACGAAAAUGUUGGUUAGAUUCGCUUAUUUUAAAUGACAAAACCAUAAGCUCAAAAGCUCACAGAUCGGAAGAGAAAGCUUUAAAGAAAAAAAGAAAGAUGGAGAGAAGCACACCAGUGAGAAACCCACACACUUCAACCGCCGAUCUGCUUUCCUGGUCGGAAACUCCUCCUCCUCCUCCUUCUGAUCUCUCUUCCUCUUCCGCCGCUCGUUCUCACCAGCCGUCAGAUGGAAUAAGCAAGGUUCUUGGCGGCGGUCUAGUCACAGAGGAGGAAGCUCAGUCACUCAAUAAGCUGAAGAAUUGCUCAGGUUAUAAGUUAAAAGAGAUGACUGGUAGUGGCAUCUUUACUAAUGAGCCAAAAGGUGUUUCUGAAUCUGAUGCUACUACGGGACUUCGUUACUAUCAGCAAACUCUUAACGGAGUGAGUCAGAUAUCUUUCAGCGCUGACGGGAAUGUUUCACCCAAGAAACCAACCACUUUAACUGAGGUUGCAAAGCAGAGAGAGCUGAGCGGGAACUUGCUAACCGAGGCAGAGUUGAAGAGCAAGAAGCAGAUAUCAAGUGCUAAGAUCGAAGAGAUAAGCGGUCACAACAUCUUCGGACCUCCAACAGAGAUUCAGCCUCGAUCAUUAGCUGCUGCUCAACAUGAAGCUAGAAGAGGUAACAGAGACAUGGGAGAGCCUGCACCAAGGAACCUUCGUACCUCUGUUAAAGUUUCCAAUCCUGCAGGAGGACAGAGCAAUAUACUGUUUAGUGAAGAACCUGAAGUGAAGACAUCAAAGAAGAUACAUGACCAGAAGUUUCAGGAGCUCACGGGCAAUGGUAUCUUCAAAGGAGGUGAAUCCCCUGGAACUGGAGACAAGCAGUUAAGCUCAGCUAAACUCAGGGAAAUGAGCGGAAACAAUAUAUUUGCAGAUGGGAAGUCAGAGUCCCGAGACUAUUUUGGAGGUGUGAAGAAGCCUCCAGGCGGUGAGAGCAGCAUUUCAUUGGUCUAAGACUCGUGGCUACUUGGUACUAAAAUGAAGAAGCUUUCACGUUUCAUUUUCUUUAGAAGAAACCUAGUUUUCUUAGAUGGUGGAAAACCCUUUGAGCUUAAUAAUCUUUGUAUGGAUCGUCUUUGAUGGUGUUGUCUCUGUUUGAAGUUUGUUUAACUUACUCAUUAUCUUUAAUGGACGCUUAUUUCUUAUUCUUUUAUACACUGUAACACUAACAGAAAAUGAGUUGGUUCGUUGUUUGCGUAG